UCCGAUCCUACCGGCUGCGAUGGGUUACGCGCCCUUGCUUUAGAAAAAAAAAAAAAAACACAGAAGGAAAACUUCAUAGAAAUGGCGGAGGGUGCUUCGACUCUCAAGGGCUUGAGAGCCCAAAUGGCUGCAGCUGCACAGGCACAAGCCGAGGAAAGGCGCAGCUUGGCGGGAAACAGCCCAGGACCACCUACAAAUAACACACCAGCUAAACCUCAGGGGUGCAGGCCAGUACUUGACGGUGCCACACUUAGAACAGACGACAGACUGCGGGUGGCAAAAGAGAGACGUGAGGAGGCAGAGAGACAACAGGCUUUACGAGAAUCUCAGAUCAUGGAGCGGGAGCGCAAGGCCAAGCUGCAAGUGGAGCGUCAGAUGGAAGAGCGUCAGAAAAAGGUUGAGGAACAACGAAGGAAGGAGGAGCAGAAAAGAUUGGCUGUGGAGCAGAAGAGGAAGCAGAAACAGGAAGAAGAAAAGGAGCACUAUGAGGCAGUGAUGAGGCGGACGUUGGAGCGUAGUCAGCAAGUCGAGCAGAGGCAGAAAAGAUGGUCUUGGGGAGGACUGUCCACAGACUCAGAUGGACGAACAGUGGACAAGCGCUCCACAUCCACCACGAACCUGAAACAGCCGCCUGAGGCUGGCAUCAGCAAACGCCUAUCCUCCUCCUCUGCCACCCUCCUCAAAUCACCUGACAAACGUGUUAAGCCAAGGAGUUCAUCUUGUAACCGGUUACCUAGCAAUGCCAAUGCUGCUCAGGCCAGUAAGGAAGACGACAAAAAGCUUCAGGUGGAACAGACAGGCCAUUCUGUGAAGAAGAGAAGUUCCUCCCUUACGCGAGUAAGUCUGGGCAGAGCACAGACCCCUGCAAAGCCUGAUAAGGGGACAACGGAUGAUCAAGCUCGCAGGCCACUGGCCACUACUGUGGAUGGAGGGGUCCUUAGUCGCCUGCUCACACCCACCCAGGCCUCACUAGCUAGGAGCAAGAGCGCUGCCGCCCUGUCCGCUGAAGGAACAGAUGCUCCAGAGUGUCACCUGUGUCCUCGCUCAGCCUCUGCCAGCCCAUUGCACCCACCACGUGGUCCAGUGCGCAGCCGCAGCAGCGACCGACAGAAGAGCAGCAUGACCACAUCUGUGUCAGCCGAUGGAGCCCUGGACCCUUCGAUGAAAGAUAAGAAGUUAACAUCACCUGUGGGGCAACGUCCUGCCUCCCCAUCCACUCCAGGACGGCACCGUUCGCCAUCGCCUGCCCCCAGUCCAGGUCCAAAGAGGACUCCUUCGCCUUCAGCACCCAAGCAAAGCCCUAAGAUGCGCCCAGCCUCUCCAGGCGCAAUGAAACAACGCCCACCAUCUCCUCAGCCUACAUCAACCAAACCCCCACCCAUCCAGAAGCCUCUCGCUCCAGCAGGACCACCAACCCUACGAAAGAGGAACUCCAAGUCCAAAGAUCUAUGUCCUGUUCAAGCUGUGGCUCAACAGUCCUCUGAUUCCAGCAAGACCAAAGACAAAGAUGACUCAAAGACUACAACAGGCACCAACUCGGCUGCUGAGGCUGCCAAGAUCCUGGCAGAAAACCGCAGACUGAUGCGAGAGCAGAAAGAGAGAGAGGAGAAGCUUAGGCUACAGAAGGAGGAAGAGGAGAGGUUGAGAAAAGAAGAAGAGGCACGUUUAGCAGAAGAGGCUCGAUUGAAACGUCUGGAGGAGGAGAAGCAGCUUGCAGAGGAGAGAAAACUUAGGGAAGAGGAAGAGGCUCGCCUAGCAGAGGAGGAACGGAUUAGGCUGGCAGAGGAGGAAGCACAAAGGCAGGCUGAGCUCCAAAGGGAACGCGAGGAGGCCGAGGCCAAAGCCCAGGAGGAGGCAGAACGAGUUCGUCAGGAGAGAGACCGCAUUAUGCAGCAGAACCAACAGGAACGUAUGGAGAGGAAGAAGAGAAUUGAAGAAAUAAUGAAGAGAACUAGAAAAGGGGACCAAAAUGAUUUAAAGAGAGAUGACGAUAAAUGCACACAGGAGAAUGAAGAUGAGGAAAUGGACCAGAUAAACUGUGAAACUAAAAUAACAGAGAUUGACAAAGAUGAGAGCUGUCUGUCCUCCGGUGAGCCUGCAACAGAGCGAGAAGAGCCCCUGGGCCACGCGAAUGAGAAAUCAGAGACAGACAACAAGGAGAAUAACAAUGGCACAAGCACAGAUGAGACUCAGGCAGAAAGUCCAGUACCCGAGGGCCGCCUUGUCGAGGGUUCUGAGUUCAUGAAUGAGCAAGACUCUACCAAGGUGGAGUUGGUCUCCACAGUCAAUGGAAAAUCCAACCAAUGGAGCUUUGAGGAGCUCAUUGACCUCAACGUCCACUCCAAGUCUCGACCCCUCCUUGAGGCGGGGGACUGUAACAAAGUCUUGAUCAACUGUGACGGGAGCUCAGAUGGAACCAGAGUAGCCUUCGAAGACAAUGAAACCCCCAUCAGCACGCUGCAUUCCUCCAGUCAACCCAUAGAAGCCCUGCCAGAGAUUUGACGUCUGCGGCGUCGCUGAGAAGCCUCUUACUGUUGCACUCCUAAAGUUCCUGUCCAGUUGACCUCCUUAAAAAUUCUGGCAAUUCCAAGCAGCUUUCUCCCCUUUCUCCUCCUUUUUCAGAGGGAGGAGCACAAGGUGAAGUGGAAAGAC